GGAGCUUUCAGGCUCUUCCUGAUCCCGGGUUAAGGCUGUCCGGAGGUGGAUGUCGGAGGAGUCCUGAUGAUGGGAAGAGAUGGAUGGGGGGAUUUCCCUUCCCAGAACCUUCUCACCACCCCUCCAGGCCAUGAGGACUGUUGCCCCUUCAGUGAGAACCCAGAGCAGCUGAUCCCCAUAGAGAGGAAGAAUCAGGAGCUGAGCUUCCAUUGCUUAAGGGAAGGUGAUUAGGGCAUGUGUGGAUGAUUAGGAGUUACUGCAGGAGGACUACAAGGUGUGUAGAGGGGCAUGUCUGUGUCAGUAUUCCACCAUUUGGGGCUAAGACCUUGUGUAGGGAACUGGUUCUGUCUGAUUUGACUGAGGAACUGAGAAGACCCAGGACCCUUAAUUCUAUAGAUGGGUCAUUCCUGCUUGAACCCACAGUCCUAUCCACAGGGUCACCCUGCAAAUCCUCUGCUCCUCUAGAGGAGCACCAUCAGACCGAUCCCUCCGGGAAGCGCUGCUGGGGGAAAUCUCGGCAAUAGGACCACUUCAACGAUAUCGUAACCGGUCCAGUAUCGGUGUAAUGAGGGGGAUCGGAUCCAGAUGGUGCAAUACAGGUGAGUGCCGUCUGGAGGUGGAUAUCGAAGGAGUCUUGAUGAGCAGAAGAGAAGGACUAGUUCACUUCUCCUCCCAGAAGCUUCUCAGCACCCUUCCUGGCAAUGAGGACUGUUGCCCUUUCACUUCUUGCUGUGGCUGUGGAAGUUCUCAAGGGCAUUUGGCUCCUGGGUGGAGAAUCCAGGCUAUCUGUGGCUGUUCUCUCACACCUACUGAAAACCUGGUUGACUUGUGGGGUAUUGGAGGAAUGUCUCUGUCACAGAAACUGCAUCAUUUGCAUCUCUACUCAUUUCCUUCUCAACUUGCAGGAGCACCAUCAGACCCAUCCCUCUGGGAAGCGCUGCUGGGGGAAAUCUCGGCAAUAGGACCACUUCAACGAUACCAUAACCGCCCCGAGCCCACCGAUGUGCCCGGAGACGUCGGCGUCCGGCGAUCUGAGAUGCGAUCUUCGCCCGUGGAGAGAACCGGUCCCCUCCGAGGGCAUGCUGUGGAACGCGAAACUUCGGGAUCCAGGCGUCCCUCCUGAGGUUUCGGACACGCGUCGGCCGGGAACGGGAGAGCGCCUCCGAUCGUACCUCUGUCGGAGCCGCGCUUAGCGAUCCUAUUUCACGUUGCCGGAAGAGGCCUUGGUGGUGGGGCCU